GCGGACGGCCUGCUUCGCGAAUCGUCGUCAUCGAGGAGAGCGAGCGGUCCGCGGUGUCCGCGAGCGCGCCGAGUGUGAGUGAGCGCCGUCCGCGCUGCAUAAUUAAUCGACCGCAAUUAACGUACAAUAUAUUACGCGCGCGCCCAGCCAUCCACCACCCCCUCCACCCGCUGUGCACGCUUAAAUAAUUCAACUACGUCAUUCUGCGAUAUUACGUCAAUAUCGAUCGGGGAUAUCGAUCGGUAGUGUGGGAUUUACAACGCACAACGCACAAAGAAGAAGGAUCCAGGACUUUAAAUCAACUAAUCAAACAUAUUCAGUGGAUUAUUAUUGUGUUUGUGUGUUUGUGUGUGUGUGUGAGUGUGGUUUGUUAUCAUUCGUCCGGGACUUAAGCUUCUUAAAGUGAAGAGUAGACAAGGAUUGACAAACGACAAUUAAACCCCUGGAAUUAAUUCGGCAAAGGCAAACGAGGGCGUAACACAUUUUAAUUAUGUAGAAGCAAGGCCCGAAUUCAUUAUCCUGACUGACAAGUCACAGGAACAUCAAAACAAUGUUUGUGAGAGAAUAUAAAGGGAAAUAUUGAAGGUGAAUUAUUUGAUACUUGUGCGCUUGCAAUGAUAUUGCGCACUAUUCGCGAAUCCCGCUCGCUCAGAUGGUCUCGUCGUUGGUGAUGCUCUUCGGCGAUAUGAAUCGCUCGGAGCAGGAGAACCUCUACAGGACGUCGCGCAAGCUGAGCCUGGUGCCGAUCCCUAAUCCAACAGGUGGAGAGCGGCGGCAUUCCGCGCAACCCGCCUCGACGAAGGCCUACGACGACAGGACUGCGCCGGCGGGCACGGGGGAGGACUUGGUGCUGAGCGUGCUCAAGUCGCCCGUCAAUCAUAUCGAGGACGCUGCCGACGUCUACCAUCAGGAUGUCUGCGUGGACACGAGAGAGGAUAGGAGUGAAGAUGAUCUCACCGAUUGUGACCAUCCGGAACGUUUGCCGUUCCUGUCGCGAUUACGCGGCCAUCGUUGUCCGCGCAUCUUUGAGGCACACCACAAACGUGUCCCGACGCCUCUACGUCGCAAACAACGUUUUUCCCGGAAUGCUAAACACCAGGAUGUGGUGGCACCCGCCGAUGUGGAUGACGACGAUGACGAUGAUGAAAUCGUCGGUCCUGACAGUGGCCCAGGCGACGCUGAAGAUGGCGUCCCGCCACGUGGUGUCCCCGACCCAUACUACCCCAUUUAUCUACCCAUCGAUCAAGCUUUUAAGGCGAAAUACGUCUUUCAUCACAAAAAAGGGAAGACGGUGCAGGAGCGGACUUAUGUGUUUCUAGAACAUCCCACCGGGUGGAUAUGCUUCAUCUAUCAUUUCACUGUAUUCAUGCUGGUCCUGGUGUGCCUGAUAUUUAGCGUACUAUCGACAAUCGACACGUAUCAAGAUUUCGCCAACGAAACCCUCUUCUGGAUGGUUGUCACCAUUUAUAAAGUGAUUGAAAUAUGUCUCGUCGUGUUCUUUGGCGUCGAGUAUUUGAUUCGCCUGUGGUCGGCUGGUUGCCGAUCCAAAUACAUGGGUUUUGCUGGUCGUCUACGGUUCAUACGCAAACCCAUCUGCAUUAUCGAUUUAAUUGUGGUAGUGGCAUCAAUAGUAGUCCUCACCUACGGCUCGAACGGACAAGUAUUUGCAACGUCUGCAAUAAGAGGUAUCCGCUUCCUGCAGAUCCUGCGCAUGCUGCACGUGGACCGACAAGGCGGUACAUGGCGUCUCCUCGGCUCGGUCGUCUUCAUCCAUCGACAGGAGCUGAUAACGACGCUGUACAUCGGCUUCCUCGGGCUGAUCUUCAGCAGCUACUUUGUGUACCUCGCCGAGAAAGACGCUGUCGUCGCCGACGGCAAGAACAACUUCUCGUCGUACGCCGACGCCCUCUGGUGGGGGGUUAUUACAGUCACGACGAUUGGUUAUGGCGACACAGUGCCGCGCACGUGGAUGGGCAAGAUUGUCGCGUCAUGUUUCAGCGUUUUUGCCAUUUCGUUCUUUGCUCUUCCAGCUGGCAUACUCGGUUCGGGUUUUGCACUAAAGGUGCAACAGAAGCAGCGCCAGAAGCACUUCAACCGUCAGAUUCCAGCGGCGGCCAUGCUUAUCCAAAGCCUCUGGCGGUGCUACGCCGCCGACAAGAGUUUCAAUUCGACGGCCACCUGGCAGUUGUACCUGAAGGACACGAACGCCAAUUGCAACCAGUCCUCAGGGUCCUCCAAUUCUCUACCGCUGUCGAAGUCCCUCAUAUUGCAGGUGGCGAAGAAGGCCUCGGUGCUAAAGCGGCGGAAAUCGCGGAAUCGCAUGGAGGCGCCCGGUACGCCGCAAGGCGACCAACCGCCGCCGCCGAGUGCGGCGGCAUCGCUCACCGGCGGCAGGUCCAUCGAUCAGGACAACGAUGUGGUAUUCUACAUGGAGGAACCGAAAGCUGGAACACCAAAUCGAGUCCGAAGAGGUGAUAGAGAAAGCGUACGUGGUGCAAUCUUCACAUCGCAGACAAGCACCGUAACGGAAGCGCCAAGCGACGAAAUUGAUGACAUGGACAGUGAAUUACCACGCGUUACCCAAUUAACGGAAGCACACAAGAAUGCGAUACGCGCGAUCCGGAAAAUCAAGUACUUUGUCGCGCGGCGGAAAUUCCAACAGGCACGUAAACCCUACGACGUGCGCGAUGUUAUCGAACAGUACAGUCAGGGGCAUCUCAAUAUGAUGGUUCGCAUAAAGGAGUUACAAAGGAGAUUGGAUCAGACCCUGGGAAAGCCAGGUAGUUACCUCGCUGGAAUCGACAGGGUUGGUAAUGUCAAGCCGAUGACGGUCGGAGCACGAUUGUAUCGCGUCGAGCAACAGUUGAGUACAAUGGACAAAAAGAUGGACUCGUUGAUAUACGUGGUGAAUGCACUGGCACAAAAACAGCAGGUGAACCUGCGCAGCGUGGAGGACGACGUGUGAGAGAGACCCGAGGGCGGAAUCCCGACGAUAACUACACGAUAUUAUCAUUAAUAUUCCAACGGCGCCGAACAAUUACUCACAAUUUCUUAGCGCCCGGCGAAAAUCCAAUUAGGAAAGCAAACAAAACGGUGCAUCCCGAUCAGAAUCCAAAACACAUUAUUUACCUAAUUAUCAGAGAAGAUUACCUAUUUAUCAGAUUAUCAAAUGAUUAUUGGUCUGUAUUUGCAGACUUUAACGUAAUUUAUUAACGUGUAGCUUUGUCACGAAUCAAGCAAAUGAGAAGUAUGUGAACUUACGAGCAUUACGUUUAGACUCGAUUUAUAUAAUGAUAGAUGAUAUUAGGAUAAGCAAACAGAAAACGGCACAAUGAGCCUUCUCUUUCUUCGAACCGGCGGCUCGAACGCAGUCUCAUCGUCUUUGUGUUUUGAAACACACUAAUGGAAUGCGCAGACGAAUUAAUUAAUUUAUUUAUUACGACGAAAACAAACAAUUGGGGACAAAAACACAACGUGAUGGAGAAUAAACGCUCUAAACAGCAUCAAUUAAUCAGACGAAUCUGGUUGGGCAGGCGUAACACUUUGCUUUGUUUUGUCAAACGAAAGGUUCAAUUAGAAUCGACAAUGAAAACUCAAAAAAAGAAGCAAUAAUCGUUUGUUUUCGGUGUUGAAUUAAAUGUCGGCGGUAUCUCGAGCUGUCUUAUUCAUUCCUUCAUAUUUUAUCACAUAUAUCGAAGCUACAGUUGAAGUUUUCAAAUGUUUAAAUAAUUUCUCAUCGAAAUAACAUCACUAGGAUAGAAUACUAACAUGAAUAACAAUCGGGCACAUCUCUUUUUGUAUAUACAAGUAAUUAUUAUCAACCUAAAUGAAGUCUAGUGUUAAUUACCUAGGUACCUUUUAGGAUAGGUUAGUGUAGGUGAUAGAUAGGGUUAGCACACGAGAAACGCGUAGUUUUCGCGCCUUGAAGAUGAACAUUUUUCGAUUUGUCGAGACCACUAGUUCGUGCCUAUCGAUUUCUUUUUAAAUUCUAAAUUUACACGACACGACGACGUCGAGAUGAACCCGUACCAAGUAAAACCUAAACUUAACUCUUAAAAAACGAUAUUCAAGUAAAAAUUGUUACGAACUCUUGAGCGAAAAACGAAUUUUUCAAAUGUUGACUACGAUUUAUUGCAUAUUGUACAUAACGUGACGAAUCAUUCCUUUUUGCUUAUUGAUUAGUUACUCGUAAUUAUACUCGUUAAGUUUCUGAGUUUACUUUUUUAAACUGUGAAUAUUUUCAAAGAUUUAUUCUGAAAAUGAAGUGAUUGAGUUCAGUUCAUGUUUGAUAAAUAUGUACGUGUAAUUUAUUUAAAAUAAUUUAUAAGACGGAGUGCCUCUUAUCUGUGAUCUUUACCUGUUUCUUAAAUCUUAACAAACUAACAAAGAAAACAUAACGAAAUGAUCAUCAAUUAAACCGCCAUGAAGUUGCGGACAUUUUGAAAAGGAAAACAUUUUCAAUCUUUGGUUUUGAAUAUCAAAAGCUAAUAAAUAUUAUAAUCCUGAAUAUAUUCACUUAAAAACUGUCCAAAUUUGAUGGGAAUACUGAUUGGAACUAAUGGAAUUUAUACCUGGACCAAGAACACAAGAAAUCUUUAAAUUGGAAUUACAAUAAAUGAGAAAUUUAACUUUGAAUAAAUGCAGAUUGCAGAUUUUAACAUUUUUAGACGACAAAGGAACCAACAUGUUUGAUGACAUAUUAAAUACCUUAGAGAUUAUACGAUUUGAAACAUAUCUAGAUGAUUUUUGCUUGAAUGAGAUUCAACGUGUUUAAAGUUUAUCCAAUUGGCGACCAAAUGUUUUACAACAAACUUAAUCAACAUAUUACAUAAUAUCCCUCUUCUACGCCGAAUUGUAUAAGUUUAAAUGUAUAUUUAAAUACUUCAGCUUACUCAGACUCUAUUCAAACAUUGAUUUUACAGUGAAAAUCUUUACGAACCUGAUUACAAAGGGAUUAUAAGUGUAAAUUGAAAGAAACAAAACUAUUUGCAUUCUCAAUCAUAUACCGUAGUGGCCUAUAAUACCCAUUUUACAUACACCGAUGUAUCGAUUCAUCUAAGUUGCAAAAUAUUACUAGUUCUCUUCGUCUGUAUAUGAUGAUCUCUUGCGUUUCGCUGAUUUGGAAUAAAUUUGGAAACUGCACACAAUACACAUUUUGUACAAAUGUAAAUACAGUUAAAGAAUGCAUAAUAAUCUAAGACAUGUUUUAUCAAAUGAAAUGAAACGCAAUAAUUGAUAUUGAUUUUUGAAUUAAUUUUUAUAAAAUUCGCAUCUAGCGCCAGUCGGUGUACUAAACGUCCAGAUUUAUUUCAAAUCUCUUUAGAUAUUGAUGAAUCAUCUUAAUAUAAUCAACUAACAAAGCGUAAUGCGAACGUGUAUGCAGUUUGAAUAUUUUCUGUCGCAUUCCACGCGAUUUGCAAACAUUGCAUGCUGGCUUUAUAUCAAAUUUUUGUCACAUUUUAAUGCGUAUUCAGAGUUCAAUGUUGACAUCAACCAUGAUGACAUUUCGAAUGCUUUGUGAAUAUAAAUAAAAUCGAAAGAUUUCAGUUUGACAAAGAGAAACAUACGAAAAUUAUAUUAAUAAAAAUCUUUAUGAAAAACCUAUCAAAUUAAGCAAAUAAGAAUGAAAUUUAAUAAUUUUCGCAUGGAAAAUGAAAAAAAUCUAUAAAGAAAGAGAGAGUGUAAUAAUUAUUUAAAACUCGCUGUAAGAAAUGACUUAAUAUUACAAUUAUUAUUAGAUCUGAGUGAGUCUUUAUUGUACACUAUUGUAAAUAUUUGUAUCAAUUACUUAUAUUAUACAUAAACAUAUAUUAUAAUUAUAUUUCUCGAUUGUUAA